AUGGCCGAGUCGAAUCUUAAGCCUGGCCCAGGUCGCCUCGCCCUGCUAGGUGCCACCGGUAAUACUGGACGAAUGGUCCUGAGGAAGCUAUUGGAGAACUCUGACAUCUCUGCACAAGGUAUCAAUAUUUAUGUUCGCUCCCGAGCUAAGCUAGAAAUGCUGUUCCCUUCUCUGUCAAAUGACCCUCGAGUGAAAGUCUUUGAAGGAAGUAUCAAAGAUCAGCCAAUGAUUCAGGAUUGUCUUGCUGCAGUUAGCACAAUCAUUUGCACAUUGGGAGAGAAUGAGAACAUCCCAGGAGUUACUGUUCUUUCGGAUUUUGCUCGAGCAACGAUCAAUGCACUAUCCACCCUCCAAAGCAAGGGUGAAUCUUCGAUAAAACCUCACCUCAUCAUGCUGUCCUCCGCGACUAUGAACCCCCAAUUCGCAGCAGAUCGACCUGCCCUUCUACAUUGGAUGAUUCGAAACGCAUUCGCCAAGCCUUACAAUGACUUAAUCAAAGCCGAGGAGAUGCUUCUAGCUGUGCCAGAACUUCUCUCUGUUACACUUAUCCAGCCAAAUGCCCUCGUUGAAGAGAGAUCAACAGGCUGUGUCGUGAGCGCCGAUUUUGCCUAUAUGGCCUGCUCAUAUGAGGACUUGGCUGAGGGAUUCGUUCGUGUCUGUACAUCUGCUUCAUUGGAGAACCAGCCUCGCAUCGGAGUGUCGAGUGCGCGAGCGAAGAACCCCAUGCUUUACGCGCCUUUCGUGCUCGGCAAGGUUUUCCGUGGUCUCGCAUUCCAGUUUAUACCUGGUUAUUGGCAGGCAGAGUACAGGAUCACAGCACGGCUUCGAAGCCGGCCAACGCGCUCGAAAAGAGAUUGA